CCAUUCCCUGCGCCCGUCCGACUCUCAACCCAUUCCCACACCUGCCUCUCCCUACACUUAACCGUCGCUCGCCCUCUAUCCUCUCUCUCUCUCUCUCUCUCUCUCUCUCUCGAGCUUUCCUUUUUCAGUCUCAGUCUCCGUCGCCGUCGCAGUUUGAUCGGCUUCGUGUUCUCCUUCAGUGUUCAGUGUAUUUCUACUACUCCUCUGCUUGCAGCUGCCAGCUGAUCCGACUCAAGCUUGUCCUCCAUUUUCUCCUCUUGUCAAACAAGCUGUGUCCAUUUGAUCUUUGCUUCAUUUGAUCCGUGGAUUUACUGUGGAUAGAAGAAGAUUAGGAGAUGUCUGACCGUUUGACCCGUAUAGCUAUUGUGAGCUCCGACAGAUGCAAACCCAAGAAGUGCCGCCAGGAAUGCAAGAGGAGCUGUCCUGUUGUUAUCACUGGUAAACUAUGUAUCGAGGUUACCCCUGCAUCCAAGAUUGCUUUCAUCUCAGAAGAAUUGUGCAUUGGAUGUGGUAUUUGUGUUAAGAAAUGCCCAUUUGAAGCAAUCCAAAUCAUUAACUUGCCAAAGGAUUUAGACAAAGAUACAACCCAUCGCUAUGGGCCUAACACUUUCAAGCUACACAGGUUACCAGUCCCUAGGCCAGGUCAAGUUCUUGGUUUGGUUGGAACAAACGGCAUUGGGAAGUCAACUGCCCUCAAAGUUUUGGGUGGAAAGUUGAAACCAAAUUUAGGUCGUUUCAAAAAUCCUCCAGAUUGGCAGGAAAUCUUGACCUACUUUAGAGGAUCUGAGUUGCAGAAUUUUUUCACCCGUAUCCUAGAAGAUAAUUUGAAGGCCAUUAUAAAGCCCCAGUAUGUUGAUCACAUUCCAAAAGCAGUUCAAGGGAAUGUUGGGGAGGUGCUCAGUCAGAAAGAUGAGAGGGAUAUGAAGGAAAAAUUAUGUGCUGAUCUUGAGCUGAACCAGGUUAUAGAGCGUAAGGUAGGGGAUUUAUCAGGUGGGGAGCUUCAAAGAUUCGCCAUUGCUGUCGUUGCCAUACAGAAUGCAGAGAUAUAUAUGUUUGACGAACCUUCAAGUUAUCUUGAUGUCAAACAGAGGCUUAAAGCUGCCCAAGUUGUCCGAUCUUUGCUCAGGCCUAAUAGCUAUGUAAUUGUUGUGGAGCAUGAUCUUAGUGUCUUGGAUUACUUAUCAGACUUCAUUUGCUGUUUAUAUGGGAAACCGGGUGCAUAUGGAGUUGUAACUCUUCCCUUCUCAGUUAGAGAAGGAAUCAACAUCUUCUUGGCUGGAUUUGUUCCCACAGAGAAUCUUAGGUUCCGGGAUGUAUCUCUGACCUUCAAGGUUGCUGAGACUCCACAGGAAAGUGCUGAAGAAAUCGAUACAUAUGCACGAUAUAAAUACCCAUCAAUGACUAAAACUCAGGGAAACUUCAGGCUUCGUGCGGUUGAAGGCGAAUUUACUGAUUCUCAGAUUAUUGUAAUGCUGGGAGAGAAUGGAACAGGGAAGACAACAUUCAUCCGUAUGCUGGCUGGUCUAUUGAAACCUGAUACUGUGGAAGAUUCCGAUGUGGAGAUACCUGAAUUCAAUGUUUCUUACAAGCCCCAGAAAAUCAGCCCAAAGUUUCCAUCCACUGUCAGAGCCUUGUUACAUUCAAAAAUUCGUGAUUCAUAUACUCACCCCCAAUUCAUGUCAGAUGUGAUGAAACCUCUUCUUAUUGAACAAUUAAUGGAUCAAGAAGUUCUGAAUCUCUCUGGUGGAGAGCUCCAAAGGGUUGCAUUAUGCCUGUGCCUCGGGAAGCCUGCAGAUAUAUAUCUUAUAGAUGAACCGAGUGCAUAUCUUGAUUCUGAGCAGCGUAUUGUUGCAUCUAAAGUCAUAAAGAGGUUUAUCCUACAUGCUAAGAAAACAGCAUUCAUCGUUGAACACGACUUUAUCAUGGCUACUUACUUGGCCGAUAGGGUUAUUGUCUAUGAGGGGCAGGCAUCAAUUGAUUGUACUGCAAAUGCUCCGCAGUCAUUGUUGACUGGGAUGAAUCUCUUCUUAUCUCAUCUUGAUAUCACAUUUAGGCGUGACCCGACUAACUAUCGCCCAAGAAUCAACAAAUUGGAGUCGACGAAAGAUAGGGAACAAAAAGCAGCUGGGUCCUAUUAUUACCUGGAUGAUUGAUUAAUCCACAAGAUGUUCCGCUUUGCAUUUUUGGCCGAGUAUGGAGGGUGUUAGUAUAAUGGAAUCUCGGCGGAGUCACAGCAUGCUACGUUUAAUUGUCAGUCCUUCGUCUGUGAAAGGGUGAUGUUUGUUUCCAGGCCCUUACGCAUUGUUGCUACUCAAAUAUGCACAUAUAAUGUGCUUGCAGUUAUCCAGUUUUUGGUAAAUUAUCGUUGAACGAGCAAAUCUAAAUGUACAACGGCCUCUCGUAGUAUCAAAAUCAAAGGGAUGUUAUUUUUUGGGGUGGUUAAUAUCAGUUCGGUACGUUUAAAUUUUCACCAAAUGACAUGUUAGUUCGACA